ACUUCAUUAUGCGAACGUCAAGAUAGCGACUUGUUAUUUUUUUGUGAGAGCAUUACGUUUGUGGAACUCUGGAACCGGACGAAAAUGGAAGAACAAAGGAUACAACGCUACUACGAAUUCAUUUUACCCUUGAUAUUGGAAGCAGGGAAGGUCUUGCUGAAAGCGAACGACGUCGACGUGGAAACCAAAAACGAUGAAGUGUGGGACUUGGUUACGGUUUACGAUAGGAAAAUCGAAGAGGUUUUAAUAAAGAAAAUUAAACAAAAUUUUCCGGAACACAAAUACAUUGGAGAGGAAGAAUCGGACAGCUCCGGCGAGAUGAGAAAAUUGUCGGAUGAUCCGACAUGGUUUAUAGAUCCGAUCGACGGGACGGCCAAUUUUGUCAGAGGAUUGCCCAUUUCUUGCAUCUCGGUGGGACUGACUGUUAAUAAAGAUAUGGUUAUGGGUAUCGUUUACAAUCCGUUCAUGGACGAACUGUAUACGGCCUUUAAAGGGCAGGGGGCGUACAUGAACGGUCACAGAAUUCGAACCAGUGGCUGUAAAGAUAUCCGAAGAUCGGUUUUUAAUUACGAGAUAACCAUAGCCAGAAGAAAUGAAUACUACUUUCAGAUGUAUAUGUACCGAACGAAACAUCUAAUACGGGAAAUAACCGGAAUAAGAUCGAUGGGUUGUGGAGUCUUAGGGCUUUGUUACGUUGCGAACGGAAGAACAGACGCCUACCAAGCCGAUGGACUUUUCCCUUGGGAUGCAGCGGCUGGGGUUCUAAUAGUCAGAGAAGCCGGCGGGCACGUGGUUGACACUUUCGGAAAGGAGUUUGAUUUAAUGGAUCCGAAUUUUUUGGCCACGGCUACUAAAGAACUUUCAGACCAAUAUAUGGAAGUGGAGAGGAGAGCCGACAAUGAGCUACUCAACAAUUCUAAACAAAAUAAACCAUUUACCAUUUAAGUGCGUAAAAAUGAUAGUGUAUUAAAAUAAUAAAUUAAUAUAUCA